ACGCCGCUGAAGAUGUGCUCCGUCAAACUGCUGGACUGCAGGAACCUGAUCGAGAGCCGAGGAGAAGAGACCACCGCAGAGGAAGAGGAGGAGGAGGAGGAUGAUGAUGAAGAUUUCAUUCCUCCAGAUGACAAAGGCGGUUCAUCUUCUGAUGGAGAAACAGCCUUAACAUCAAAAGAGCAGCUGAAGGUCAAAAGUUUUUCUCAUGCCAAGUGUGGAAAAACACUGAGCUCAAAGAGAAACUUAACGAGAUACAAGAGAACACACACAGAACAGAAAGACUUCAGCUGCAAGAGAUGCGACAUCAGCUUUUCAUCCGCAGAAGAGAGGAAGCUUCAUUCAAAAGAGCACAGGGUGAAGAAGGAGUUUCGCUGUGAACAGUGCGGGAAGGAUUUUUUCACCACUGCUCAAAAAAUGAAAGUUCAUAUAAAGACACACGACGAAAAGUCUUUCCAGUGCAGCGAAUGUGAAAAGUAUUUCCGCACCAAAGCAAAUCUGGAAGCUCAUAAGCGAAUCCACACGGGAGAAAGACCGUACAAGUGCCCUCACUGCGAGAAGACCUACAACCACGGAUCUCAUCUGAAGAAACAUGUGCGUGUUCACACCAAUGAGAGACCGUACCAGUGCAGCGAAUGUGGGAAAACCUUCACAGAGUCAGGCAGUCUAAAGUCACACCAGAGAAUCCACUCUGAGGAGAAACCGUAUCAGUGCAAACACUGUGACAAACGCUUCCGGCAGAAAUCCCAUCUGAAGUGUCACGAGCGCAUGCACACCGGAGAGAAACCGUACCUGUGCUCCCACUGCGGGAAGAGCUUUUCCAAUCCGACACAUUUCAGAGUUCAUCAAAGAAUUCACACGGGAGAAAAACCGUAUCACUGCAGCGUUUGUGAGAAGAGGUUCAGAAAGUAUGUUAAUUUACAGAGGCACACAACGAUUCAUACCAGAGAAAGACCGUUCAAAUGCUCGCAGUGUGACAAGACGUUUGCUCGAUCAGACGUCCUGAAGGUCCAUCAGCGAGUUCACACCGGAGAGAAACCUUACUGCUGCUCCAUCUGCAGCGAGAGAUUCGCUUAUUUAGGUAGCUUUCAGACCCAUCAGAACAAAUGUGACAAGACGUUUGCUCGAUCAGACGUCCUGAAGGUCCAUCAGCGAGUUCACACCGGAGAGAAACCUUACUGCUGCUCCAUCUGCGGCGAGAGAUUCGCUUAUUUAGGUAGCUUUCAGACCCAUCAGAACAAACACGCUAAAGAAGAAACUGCUCCAGAAUCAUCAGAGUGA